AUGGCGGGUUCGGCUGACUCCAUCGCCUUGGACGGAUCAAGUUCCGACCUUAGUCGACAGUUAUACUAUCGCGCCAAAGCCAACGAAUCCGUCCUGGUCAGACUCAAUUCCGUACCCGACACCGUGCAGAAUCGCCUCGACGACCUAAGGCUCGACUGGAGCCAAUUGCCGGGCCUCGCUCAGUUGGCAUUACUAUGGGAUUCCGGUUUUGCCAUCAACCCCAACUACGACGCCGUUCAGGUCUGGACGUUGGGGGACCACACGAUGUCCUCCCUAAGAACUGCACGGAACCGGACGACACGACCAUGGCACUGCAACGGGGCUCAGAUGAACAACGCCGCCAAGUGCAUCGUCGAGGAUUUCGCCUCGGACGGCUCGUACCACGCAGCCAUGUGGAGCAUCGGAGGCAAUUCCGAGUCAGCUCCGACGCUUCGUAUGAUCAAACACCAGUGGGACGACCAAGGUGCUAAAUAUGAGAUCAUGGCUCUGCAUACCGUGACAUCGGAGAACGAACCGGGCUGGGAGGCCUGUCCGACCAGCACCAUGAAUGGAGGCUACGGAUCGUUGGUGUUCCCGUGCUGGACGACCGACAACAUCACGGCGGAGAACGAAAAGCAGAUGAAGAACGUCACGGGGUCUCAGUGGGUCUCGGAGUGGCUGGUGACGGACUACAAGGACGCGGCGGGGACGGAUUCCAGCGGGUUUAACAAGCUUCUUUUGCUCCCCAUUAUUCUGGGAGCUUUGGUGAUAUUCGCGUUGAUCGGACUGAUGUUUUACUGCAAGAAGAAGCGACAGCAAAAAGCUCGGAGCGAAUACGACGCGACCACAACUGACUUGAUGGCCACUGCCACGUACUCGGGUGCCGACCAGACGAUUCAGUUUCCAGCAGGAUACGGCGCAGAAUUCGCGUCUGGAGGGUCGAACACCACGUUAAAAGUGCUCCUGACGAGCGAAUAUCUCAUCGGAAAGCGCAUCCCACCGGAGCAUUUAAGCUUCGAGAAUGCGCUGUCCAAAGGAGCGUCUGGGGAAGUGUGGGUCUGUGAAUACGCAGGGCAGAAAGUCGCAGCCAAGCGACUGCUACAGACCAAGGAGAACAAAGCUGAAGACGUGCAUGAAUUCGCUCUGGAGAUUGAGCUAAAUGCGCAUUUGGAACAUCCAAAUAUUGGCGCUUUCAUCGGCGUCGCGUGGGGCAGUCUCCAUAAUUUGACAAUGGUCAUCGAAUAUUUCCCACUUGGAGAUCUGCAGAAAUAUCUCAAGAGAAACGCGGAUCUUUUGACGUGGGCAAGAGACAAAAUCCACUUGGCUGUCGGUGUAGCUCGAGCGCUGGACCAAAGUAAUCGACUUUGGAGUGAGCUGGAUAACACCAUGACGGCUGGUGUCGGCACUCUGUUUUGGACCGCGCCAGAGAUUCUCGAGGGCAAACGAUACUCGGAGCAGGCAGAUAUUUACUCUUUCGGAGUCGUCUUAUCCGAACUGGACACGUGUAAGAUUCCGUUCCACGACUGUGCGGGCUCCGACGGGAAGAAACCCAAACCGUUCCACAUCCUUCAAGAAGUCAUGGCAGGGACGCUACGUCCGAUUCUUUGCUGUCAACACGACCCUUCUCGCCGACCUAGUGGCGCUCAACUGGUAGAAAUGCUGCAAGGGAACUAA